CCCUCAGUUAAAAAGCCACUGGAAUGGGUAGGACGCAUGCGCUCUUCCAGUGAACCGGGCUGGGCUGUCCCGGGGUUUGCGGUGCAUGUUGGGAUACUGGGGGUGCGCCUGCUUUUUCCUCUCUGGGGGGUCUGGGCUGAGGCUGCAGCUGCAGAGAUGGACGUCUUUCUAAUGAUCCGACGUCACAAGACGACCAUCUUCACAGACGCCAAGGAGUCCAGUACGGUGUAUGAGCUGAAAAGAAUUGUGGAGGGGAUUCUUAAGAGACCCCCAGAGGAACAGAGGCUAUACAAGGACGACCAACUGCUGGACGACAGCAAAACCCUCGGAGACUGUGGCUUCACCAGUCAGACAGCGCGACCCCAGGCCCCAGCGACGGUGGGCUUGGCUUUCAGAGCCAGCGAAGAUGCCUUUGAGCCCCUCCGCAUUGAUCCCUUCUCCAGCCCCCCGGAGCUCCCAGACGUGAUGAAGCCCCAGGACUCCAGCAGCAGCGCGAAUGAGCAAGCAGUGCAGUGAGAGCCAGAGGGCAGCGGAGUGAGCUGCACAACCCAUGGCGCCCCGCCCUGCCCCCCCCUUCCUCGAUCCCCCAAUGUGGAGAGAGACAUGGCACUGCCCCUCCCCUCAGGUCGCCCUUUUACUCUGCCCCUCUCUAAGCAAGACCACACACCCUCCCAGCCUCCUCCCCACUCAUCACAGAGCUAUGUUUUCACUUUGUUUUUGAAAACAAUAAACGUUCAGCUGGUUUUUUCCCC